AUGGGCCCAAUCACUCGUUCAAACAAGUCAGGAGCAAUCACUGCGGAAAACACGUCUCAGGUUUACCCCUUGGCUACAGAUAUCCCACAGGACAUCAAGACUUCCCCCCAAAAAGGCAAGGUGGCCAAAGCAAAACCCAAGCCAAAACCAAAAGCCCCGAAAAGCCCCGAAAAGAUCAUUCAAAAGUCCAAUAAAUCAAUUGAGCAGUUUUUGGAAAAGGAUAACGUGCCAAAAGACCUCGCGUUGCCCCAGGAGUUCAUCGACUUUCACACCCCGGCAUUCGUUGAUGGCAUCAAAUACUGCAUCGAGAAAGACCCGACUUUGUACCCAGUGGCUACGCGUCAGAACUUUGAAGGGUUUGGAUCAAAGGACUUUGAUGAGAAAUUGCAAAAGGCCGACGACAAUAGGAUCCAUUUCUACUGGUACAGUUUGAUCCGGUCGGUGAUUGCCCAACAAGUGAGCGGCGCCGCGGCCAAGUCGAUUGAGAAUAAAUUCAAAAACUUGUUUGGUGAAAAUGAAGUGCCCACUGCUGAAAAGACGUUACGGAUGUCAUCCGAGGACUUGAAAAGCGCCGGUAUCUCGGGCCCCAAGGUGAAAUACGUCGAGCAUAUCAGCCAGGUGUUUUCCGACCCCAAGAGCACCUUGUGCGACUUGGAUUUUUACCAAAACGCAAAUGUAGAGGAAAUCUAUGAGGAAGUGUGCAAGUUGAAAGGGAUCGGCAUUUGGUCGGCCAAGAUGUUUGCUUUGUUCACGUUGGAGGAGAUGGAUGUUUUCGCCGAGGACGAUUUGGGAGUUGCUCGUGGCAUGGCGAAAUACCUAGAGCAAAGACCACAAAUAUUGCAGCAGGUUAAAGACGCAGCUAAGGGCGAUGAUGCCAAGCAAGCGAGAUUGAAAAAGAGGUCAAAGUUUUUCAACAAGGAGAGUUCAAAGAGAACAUGGACACCGAUCCACGACGUUUACGUGCUUGACGUUGCUGAGCAGUUUAAGCCGUAUCGGACUGCGUUUAUGAUUUUAUUGUGGAGAUUGAGUUCCACCAAUGUAGAAGCACUAGAAAUAUAG